AUGGAUGCAAAAAUGAUUACACAUAACAUGAGCCUAACACCAUCUUUGGCUCAUUGGAACCUAAGACAUAAGCCAAAACAAACUUUUGUAGUUGGAGUUCUCGCACGUCCUACAGAAGAAACAUCAAGCAAAAGUCAUGUAUACAAAGAUAACUGGUUUGAUAAAUUAGCCAUAAACCAUUUAUCAAAAAGUGUUCAAGCAGCAACAGGAAUCAGUAAUGAUAAGACUGGUUUUGAUAGCCUUGUUGAAGCAGCUACCGUGGCUUCCAAGAAAUUCAGUCCUAUUCAACAGCAAGAAGUUGUUUUAGAUGCACUUGAUAGAGCCUUUCCAAAGCCAAUACUUUCAGUGAUUAGGAGAGUAAUGCCACCAUCAAAAUUAGCAAGGGAAUAUUUUGCCGUCUUCACCACUUUGUUUUUCUCUUGGUUACUCGGUCCCUCCGAGGUGAGAGAAUCAGAAUUCAAUGGAAGAAGAGAAAAAAACAUUGUCUACAUAAAAAAGUGCAGAUUUUUAGAAGAAACAAAUUGUGUUGGAAUGUGUACUAAUCUUUGCAAAAUGCCAUCUCAAGUGUUCAUAAAAGAUUCCUUUGGUAUGCCGGUCAACAUGGUCCCAAAUUUUGAUGAUAUGAGUUGCGAGAUGAUAUUUGGGCAGGAACCACCAUCAUCAACCGAUGAUCCGGCACUCAAGCAACCUUGCUAUAAACUAUGCAAGGCAAAGAAAAACCAUGAAACAAAUUGUGUCAGCUAA